CUGCGAGUGUAUGAAGGAAAACCGUGUACUACCGAUAUAGCACAAUUUCCUGUUCUUAACCUUGCAAGAAUUACAUGCAUAGUUUUAAAUCUGAUAUGAUCAAUUUGAUUGCUCGAUUAAUAUUUAUUCUGUUUUUUUUUCUUUGCCAUAAAAACUAAAUGAAAUGGCAGGUUUAUUUGACACUGAGACAUGAGGUUGAGAUUUAACCACACCCUUAAAUCUAACAUAUAUAAUGAUGCUACAGCUUGCAAUACUUUCCUUACUUUCCCUUAGUUGCAUAGCUAACCCCAACCCUGCAAGGAUUUACAAUGUACUUAUAACUUCAAAGAAAAACCUCUCCCCGAGUCACGCACAGCCAGUUUACGAACCAAUCUUAAGAACAACAUCCAUUGGAUAUGCCUUUCCACCAUUUUAUUAUACAUCCUUAGUACAAAAUAUACCUGCAAAUUAUAUUAGCCCAGACUACUCUGGAAUCCAAAGGGUUGAAGCAACAAAGAAUGUCCAAAGUCAAGAAGAGCCUUCAAAUGGUCCUGGACAGCAGCAGCAAUUACAAACUGACUCAAACCAACCAACCAAAGUCAGUACUCAAAAUAGCCCACCUAUCGCACCAUCUGGACAAUUAGUUCCUCAGUAUGAUCCCACAGCCCCAAACUAUUCUCAGUAUAUUUCAAAUGGUGAUGAAGGAACCAGUGAUGUUCAACACCAGAAUCCAGUGCUUCCUCCAUUACAACAAUCCCAUGAAGAAACUGACCCAAAAAAGGUUAUUGCUAAUUUAAGGAGAAAUAAUGGAAUUCCUGAUGUUCCUCCACCACCUUUGCCGGUCAGAAUGAAGCAAUAAGACUUGUUUGAAACUGAAAUUUUUAGGCUGAUAUUUAUUUUGUUGUCAUUUAUAGUUAAGAUUAAAGGGUUACACAACUGUACUGUAUGUUUUAAAAAUACACUGUUUACAGUAAAUAAAUGUUUUUAAAAAUGCAUGAUAAAACCUAAAAAAAAAUUGCUAUAAUUUUUCUUCUAGAUGGAUUUUAUAGUAUGUAGAAUUGUAUCUUUUUUUAUGGUUUUUUAUACUCUCUAGAUUUAGUUGCUUUAGUGCCUUUAAGUGCUAAUUUGU